CAGCAUGCGGCGACCGAUUCCGUCCAGCUCAUCACGCAAAGUUUAAUACGUGCGAUGAACAGUAGUCAGUGAAUCUGUUUCCCCCUUUUUUUGUCGGUUGAAAAUUUCGAAACAAAUAAAAAGUGUGCCUGUGCAAGCAAAAAGUUAAGUUUGCCAAGUGUGGCGUAUCAAAUUUGUUAGAAAGGUCAAUUUUUCCACGCGUGAAAUUCAGUGCCAAGUGAGUGUAAAGUAUUUUCUACCAGCAGCUUAUACUUUGUAAUUUGAACAAAAAGAAAAUGGCAUCGUCCAGUUCGACGAAUUUGGGUUCGUCGAGUCAGCAGCAGCAGUUUCAGCAAACCAGCCAGCGCAGUCCGUACACUAAGGUUCGCCAGGAGUCGAAGUUGAACGUUGCCGCUCCGGCGUUUGUUUAUCCUGCUCGAGUUUCCAGUUCGACUGGAGCAUUGCGUACCGGUGAGAGCAUGCCUGAAAUUGGUUACCUUGGACCCACGCAGCUUCCGGUCAAUAAACGUAUUUGGAGUAGCAUUUCCAGUUACCCUCUCGACCAGACCGCGAUUGUACGUAGUACCACCCCGAGCCAGCUGUUCCAGUACUAUCAACAGCAACGGCAGUAUCCACCGUUGCCUCACAACACCUACGAACCGGUUCCGCAGUUCGGUCCGAUUGUGCUCUCCAAUGGGAUUAUCCAGCUACGCAUGCGGGACGCCGUGGUUAUCGAAAUGACCAUCGAUCGUUCGAUCAAACUGAUGAACAACCAGGAACGGGUAACGAUUGCUCUCUCCAGUGCCGGUUCUUCAUCGGCUAUAAACCAUCCGAACGGAAUCGUGUUCCAAAAUGGGUCCCGGGUUGACAUAGCCGCCUACGAUGGCAGACGCAAAAACUCGUACAUCCGUUACGCGAAAAUGUGGCAAAAGGGCAUUAGCCUUACAAGCGAAGGUUGUGCCCUUAUUUAUUUGGUCGACGCCGCUGGAACGCGCACCACAUCCGAUAUGAUCAACAUAGAUUUGAACGCUGAUUACAUCAAUCCAGUUUUCUACAAUGGAACACGUUUCGGAGCCCAGUACUACCAGGAAGCGAAUCAGAUUGCCCAGAGCGCCAACUUUUGGCUCAACGAUGAUGGAACGGAGAUUUUCCACGUAAACGGAUUUCGCAUUCAGCAAACGGUGGACGGACUGGUGAAGGUGGCUCGCAUGAACAACCGGUGCAACAUUCGUACCAGUCCCACCAAUGGAUCCGCCACGAUAACCACUCCGUACAUCCACUGUACCGCUUCGAUGGGACAAACAUCGCACCUGUUCGUACGCCGUGAAGAACGCCGAAUGCACUUCGACGGGACCUCGUUCGUAGUUCGCAACGCAGGCCAUUCAGCCGGAUUUGAUGAUUGGAAUCGCCUUCGGGUGUACUAGCUACUAGGUUCAAGAAACACACAACAAUGGGAGAAAAGGCAGAGCCUGUGUUGACGACCUCGACCUACAUUUCUCGAAAUAUCAAAAACAGCGAACUUGCCGUCAGUUUUUGUGCGUUCCAUCGCUCGGAGCUAACAUGUUUAUCAGUGUCGGUAUAUUUAUUCCAUUUUGUACGUAUACUUCGUCCGGAAUGUCUUCUACUCAUCUUGGCUUCCUCCAGAGCUCGGUUUCCUUCUCAAGGAAGACAUGUAAAUUGUAUUAAAUUAAAUCUAAAUUUGCAUACGUCGUAAAUAGAGAGUA